AUAAAAUCAAAUUAUAAACUAAAAUCUGAAAUUUAAUGAUUUUAAUGACUUUUAUCCUUUAUGUAUAAAAAUAAUAGAGCCACAUGAUUGUAUAACUUGUAAUUAUAUAAAUAAUAGCAUUAAUCAAAUUGAAUCUUCAGUUUUAUUUGUAUGAUCAAAAUACCAUGUCCAAAAGUAUUGUUCCAAUGCCAUUCGUCUGCAAAUGGUCAGUUGCUCAUCCAACAACAUGUCGCUUUAAAACUCGAGAGGAACUUAUAAUUCAUAUCGAUGAACAUAUCAUCAAUUUUUACGACAAACCUGAUUCAGUAGACUCAUUUUAUACAUGUCCGUGGGAAGGUUGCAUGAAUCGUCAAAGUGAUAUUAUUGAAUUAAAAGGACAUUUGCAUAAGCAUGCUCGACAAAGACCAUUUAAGGAUUUAAGCGUUGAUAAUUUACCCGAAUCGUCACAAGAAGUUUUGUCUGAGUAUGAACAUGAAGUACGUGGAAUGAAAGCAUUUGUUGAAUAUCACAAAGGUUCAUUGGCCGCUAAAUAUUUUGGAAAUGCCAUAGAGUUGAUGGGAUGUAAAAAAUUUAUUUUAUAUAAAAGUACUUUUUGCGUAGUAUAUUAA